AUGCGUUCAUGGACAACCGAGGAGGAGAUUGCUCUUUUCAAUCUAGUAUGUGACCACAAACCAGCGGGAGCCGUCAAGCACAAGCAGAUGGAUGCGAUAAUAGACAAUAUCAACAAAGAUGUACCCGGCAGCAACAAAUUCACCGUGGCAGAUAUAUGGGCCAAGCUAGCCACGUUGUAUGAUCUCAAAAGAAUUGAUUAUCUAGAGGAUUGGGAGAGCGAAAGCAGUGGUGAAUCAAGUGAGAGUGAGACAUCCAAGAAGGAGCAGGACGAGAAAAUCAAAGUGGAGGAAGAUAAGAAGGAGGACAAAGUCAAGGGAGGUAAAACCAAGGAAGUCAAGAUAGAAGUUCCUGAAGUAGAAGAGGACGAAGUGGACGAAGUGGCGUCUCCUGUACCUGAACCAAUCAAGAAAACCACCACUACUCGAUCACGAUCUCGUGAACCUAGACCAAGACGACAGUUGCGAAAUAUGACUGAAAAUAGUGGUGAUGAAUCGUCUGGAUUGAGUGAUGUAGAAAGUAAGAAGGAAGAUAAGGAAAAGGAAGAAGACCAAGAAUCUGAAGAAGAGGAGGAGGAGGAGGAAGAAGAAGAGCAGGAACAGGAAGAAGAGGAGGAGGAAGAGGAAGAAGAAGUUGAACAAGUGAAAGAAGAACCUAAGCAAGAGGAACAGACAAAACCAAGACGGGGUAGACGAGGACGCAAACCUAAAGCGAAACAAAACCAGUACCGAAGAAAAGAACCCGUUCGACUGCCAAACUCGAAGAAACUCCCGAGCAAACACCACCUCCCCAACCCAGAAAGAAGACAAAGUCAAGUCCAUCUGCUUCACGCAGAAGAACACGAUCUGAGCUUCAAGAAGAGGAAAGUAAUGAUGACGAUUCCGAAGAAAAGUCUUCUUCUGAAGCUGAUCAGCCGGAGCCAGUUAAACAAGCUACUCGACGUUCUAGUAGAGGUAGACGAGCUACUCGUAAGAAAUAGCAUUAGCCUUUUGUAG